ACCUAGCAUAAUUUUGUGAAAUUGGGUAGCGGUACGGUGAUAUUGUUCUAUUACCUAUUUUCUUAAAUGUAGUAUUGUAUAAUACGCUUAAUAAAAAAAUAGUGAAUAAAGAAAAAUAUUCUUCUUUAGUGGAAUUCAUCAAAUUAUCAUUUAUAUUGUUUAAAUUAAACGUGAAUUAUAUAAUCUGAUUGAUUUCUUGUCUUGUGUAAAUUUGAAAAGCAGAAGUUAAGAAGACUGUUUCAAUCAAAUCUAUAUAAAACUUGUGUAUAAUAGGUAUAUUAUUGAUCUUUUUAUAAAAAUUAAAAGACAACGAUGCUUCGAUUGUUCGGUACGCAAGUAAAAAAAGUGUCUUGCACCAUCUUAUCUUCCUUAAAUAAUGCAAAUAAUUUAGCCUUAGUAGAAACAGUUAGGAAUUUUAGUAUUAGUUCAAGAUGCCUAGGAGCUUGGCCCGAAAUACAAAAACCUGCACCAGAUUUUUCUGGAAUGGCAGUGGUGGAUGGUGGCUUCAAGGAAAUAAAAUUAAGUGACUACAAAGGAAAAUAUGUAGUUCUCUUUUUCUAUCCUUUAGACUUUACGUUUGUAUGUCCAACAGAGCUGAUAGCAUUUUCUGAAAGAAUCGCUGAAUUUAAGGCAUUGAAUACACAAGUAAUAGGUGCUUCUACAGAUUCUCACUUUAGUCAUCUUGCGUGGACAAACUUGCCUAGAAAGCAAGGUGGUUUGGGUGGAGAUUUAGGGUACCCUUUGUUGAGUGAUUUCAAUAAAGAAAUCUCAGCGAAAUAUAAUGUUCUCUUGGAAGAUUCUGGUAUAGCGUUAAGAGGACUCUUCAUCAUAGAUAAAGAUGGAAUACUUAAACAAUUAAGCGUAAAUGAUUUGCCAGUUGGUCGUAGCGUGGAUGAAACGUUAAGACUGAUAAAAGCUUUUCAAUUUGUCGAGGCACACGGAGAAGUAUGUCCUGCCAAUUGGCAACCAGAUUCUAAAACCAUCAAACCAAAUCCGAAAGAAAGCAAAGAAUACUUUGAGUCGGUCAAUUGAAUUUUCUCUCUAAAUCUUAAUAUAUGAAUCUAAAUAUAUAUAUGUAAUUAUAUAUAAUUAUAAAACAAAUGUAUAUACGCAUGUAUUGUAAGAAAUUGUAUUAUGAUUUGAUGUAAAACAAAAGGUGAUAACAUAUAGUAAAGGGUUACAAAAUAAAUGAUAUAAGAAAUAUAAA